GCAUGGCACCUCUGACCAUCAAGAAGGCCUUCUCUUCAGUCAUAUUCUUAGUUGCAACAGUUUUCUCUACCCUAUAUAUAGCUUCCAGUUCGUCGGAUGAAGUUGAUGCUCUCCUAAGAUGGAAAGCAACCCUCCAUAGCCAAAAUAGUGACCUCCUUUUACCUUCGUGGAUAGAUCUCCAUCACAAUUCUUCUGUUCAGAGAACGGUAUCUCCAUGCAACUGGUAUGGAGUUUCGUGCAAUGCUGAUGGGAGCAUACAGGGUUUGAACCUUUCUUCUUCUGGUUUAAAUGGUACCCUUGAUCAGUUCUCAUUUUCUUCGUUUCCCAAUCUUACAUACUUUGAGCUUAGUUUAAACUACUUUUCUGGUAUCAUCCCACCUGAAGUCCGUUAUAUUUCAAAAGUUGACUAUCUUGAUUUUGCUUUCAAUAAUUUCUCUGGAAUAAUCCCACCCGAAAUCGGACAGUUGAGUUCACUUGUCGCCCUUCACUUGUUCAAUAAUCAGUUUAAUGGUUCAAUUCCAAAAUCAAUAUGCCAGAUGAAGUUCCUUUCAGAGCUUGCUCUGAGCGGCAACCAUCUUUAUGGUUCAAUUCCUACAUGUUUGGGUGAGUUAUCGAAACUGAGUUAUAUUGGUCUCGAUAGGAAUAAUAUGUCUGGUCCCAUUCCUUAUGAACUGGGAAAUCUUUCUGAUCUAAGGCGGCUUUAUAUGUACAACAACUCUCUGACUGGGUCUAUCCCCACGACUUUUGUCAAUCUGAAAAAACUAAUUGUCUUACGUCUAGAUAAUAAUCAGCUGAAUGGAACAAUCCCUAUUGAAAUAGGUAAGUUGGCGUCACUUGAAAGCUUGGAGCUACAAUAUAACCAGCUCAGUGGUCCGAUUCCUCACUCAUUAGGUGAACUGAAAUCCCUUAAUCUUCUUCGUCUCUUCAGUAACCAACUUUCUGGUCCCCUUCCGCACGAGUUAGGAAAUUUGAUAUUCCUUUCUAUUCUGGAAUUGAGCGAAAAUAAACUCAACGGUUCCAUUCCAAAUUCGUUUGGUAACCUACAAAAUUUAAAAAUUUUGAAUCUCCAGAAUAAUCAAUUUUCUGGUCCUAUACCACAAGAGUUAGGGAAACUACAGUUGGUUCAGAUAGAGAUUAGCGAGAACAGCUUUUCUGGCAACUUGCCGGAUAAAAUCUGCAAUGGGGGGAAACUUGAAAGGCUACUUGUUGGUUAUAAUAAUCUGUCUGGUCCAAUUCCUAAAAGCUUGUACAACUGCUCAAGCUUGAUCCGGCUACGUUUUGAUGGUAACCAGCUCACUGGAAAUAUCUCCGAGAGCUUUGGUAUCUAUCCAAACCUUAAUUACAUCAGCCUCAAUGACAACAAGCUUUAUGGGGAACUCUCCAACAACUGGAGUAAGUGCAAAAAUUUAACCAACAUCGAGAUGGGAGGGAAUCGAGUCAGUGGCAAAAUACCUGCUUCUCUUGGAAACACUCCGCAAUUAAUGUCACUUGAUCUUUCUUCCAAUGAUUUAGUAGGAGAGAUACCACAAGAAUUUGGGCGUUUGACUGCCUUGUGGAAACUUGUUUUAAGUAACAACCAACUUUCCGGUGGUAUACCUCCAGAACUAGGAUCAUUUGCUGAACUUUCAUACCUUGAUCUGUCCACCAAUAAGUUGAAUGGGCCCAUUCCCUCUUCCCUCGGGGGUUGCACAAAACUUUUUCACUUAAACUUGAGUAACAACCAAUUUACACAUGAGAUCCCAGCACAAAUAGGUAAAUUGAUUCAGCUGUCAGAUCUAGAUCUGAGUCACAAUUCACUCACCGCAGAGAUACCUUCAGCACUUUCAAGUCUGAGUAGUUUAGAGAAUCUCAAUCUUUCGCACAAUAAACUCUCUGGUAAUAUUCCCAAAAGCUUUGAACAAAUGAAUGGGUUGCGGAGCAUUGAUCUAUCGUACAAUGAGUUGCAAGGUCCCAUUCCCAAUAGCAUAGGCUUUAGGAAUAUAUCGAUAGAAGAAUUACAAGGGAAUAAAGGUUUGUGUGGUAAUGUUACUGGCUUAGAACAAUGUGCAUCAGCAAGUGGGAGCGCCAACCGGAACCACAAACUUGCACUGAUGAUUUCACUUCCUCUUCUUGGAGGGCUUUUACUUGGUGGUCUCAUAGGGAUGCUCAUCUUCUUUAGUCAGAGAAAGAGAAAAUCAUCAACGCAACUAGUAGUCGAGGAAGGGAAACAUCGUGAAGAUUUCUUUUCGAUUUCAGAUUUUGAUGGAAGGGAUACUUAUGACGAAAUCCUGAAGGCAACUGAGGAGUUCAAUGGAGCAUAUUGCAUCGGGAAAGGUGGAUGCGGAAGUGUGUAUAAAGCACAGUUGGCAUCAGGUGAUGUAGUUGCUGUGAAGCGACUCCACUCAUCUUCGGCCAUUGUCAACCACAAUGAUUUUGUGAAUGAGAUAAAAGCAUUGACAAGAAUAAGGCACCGCAACAUUGUGAAACUACAUGGCUACUGUGCACACGCUCAAAACUCGUUUUUGGUUUAUGAGUAUCUUCAAGGGGGUAGUCUAGCUGACAUCUUGAGGAAUGAGGCUGCUCCAACGUUGGAUUGGAUGCAGAGGAUGAACAUUAUCAAAGGUGUUGCUCAUGCUUUGUCGUAUAUGCAUCACGAUUGUUCACCCCCAAUCGUUCACCGAGACAUAUCAAGCAAAAAUAUUUUGCUUGAUUCCGAGUACGAAGCUUGUGUUUCAGAUUUUGGUACGUCCAAGAUUUUGAAUAAAAACUCAUCUAAUCGGAGUAACCUCGCAGGAACUUUUGGAUACAUUGCACCAGAACUUGCGUAUACAAUGAAGGUUACAGAAAAGUGUGAUGUAUAUAGCUUUGGAGUUCUAACAUUGGAAAUCAUCAAAGGGGAGCAUCCAGGCGAUCUUGUUACUUCACUAACAUUUGCAUCGGACAAAAAGACAGACCUCAAAGAUUUGAUGGAUCAUCGUCUUCCGAUUCCCCACCCGGAAAUAAAAAGGGUUCUAACAUCCAUCAUGAUCCUAGCAAUAAGAUGUGUGAAAUCAAACCCCAAAAUGAGGCCAACAAUGUAUGAUGUUUCUCAGCAAAUUGCAAUGGUUCAUUUGUAACAUGUCGUUUAAGAGUGACGACAUUUAGCAUUGUUUUUUCAUAUUUGGUUUCAGUUUAUGGUAUUGUGAUACUACAUUUCAGUUCCUCGAAUUCAGUUACGACAGUGAAUGGUGUUAAAGAUCAUCACUAGCCCAAUAAAACAAAUAUUAUUUAGAAGACUUUAGCUUGUUCUAGAAUGCUCUAGAAGAUUCUAGAACAUUAUGGAAGACUAUGGAAGACUCUGGAAUAUACCGGAAGAGUCUAGAAUACUCUAGAACGACAUGGAAGACCCUGGAAGGAUAUGGAUCAUUCUAGAAGACACUGGAGCAACCUAGACCUCUCCAGAACAUGGUAGAACGUUUAGAAACAUAUGGAAGCAUGUAGAGUAUGUUAGAUAGUUCUAGAGUUAUCUAGUAUGUAGUAAGUGUAUGCUAGUAUCUAGAACCUUCCUAAGAGGCCUAUAAAUAGGUAUGGAGCUCAUUUGCUCCAAACCAUCCAAGAAAGCCUCAAAGAAAGCAAAGUGUGUAGUAGUCUCACAAAGUGUAAGUUCUCCUUAAGUGUCUUAAUAAAAGU